AUGUUAAAUACUCCCCGUGGCUGCGUAGGUGUCAGAAUUGGCGAGCGCUUGGACCAACGUUAUCAGACCUUGUCGAAUCUGGGCCGUGGUGUGUUUAGUUCAGUAGUAAAAGCAAAAGAUACCGAAACAAACGAAGAGGUUGCCAUCAAGAUGAUUCGUAAUAAUGAGACUAUGUACAAAUCUGGAAUGAGAGAACUCAACUUUUUAAAGAAGCUGAUGGAGGCUGAUCCAGAUAACAAGAAGCAUAUAAUUAGGUUCCAAAGACAUUUUGAGCACCGUAAUCACCUGUGUUUAGUAUUUGAAAGUCUCAGCAUGAAUCUUCGCGACGUGCUAAAGAAGUAUGGAAAAGAUGUUGGUAUUAGUAUCAAGGCUGUUCGAGUGUAUGCCCAGCAGUUGUUCUUGAGCUUGUCAUUGCUUAGAAAAUGCAAUAUCUUGCACGCAGAUAUCAAACCUGAUAAUGUGCUUGUAUCUGAAUCUAAAAACACCUUAAAACUUUGUGAUCUUGGAUCAGCUUCAGAUGCGAGUGACAAUGAAAUUACGCCUUACCUUGUCUCUAGAUUCUAUCGAGCUCCAGAAAUCGUUCUUGGUCUGACCUACGACUACGCAAUUGAUGUGUGGUCUGCAGCAUGUACUCUGUACGAACUAUUUACAGGAAAAAUCCUGUUUCCUGGAAGAAGCAAUAACCAAAUGCUAAAAUAUAUGAUGGAACUCAAAGGCAGAUUUCCUAACAAGAUGUUAAGAAAAGGUCAAUUUGCAGCUCACCAUUUCGACAGUGACUUUAACUUUAUGGCGGUUGAGUGUGAUCGUCUCACAAAGAAGGAGGUUAUCAAGAAGAUGUCCUUUGUCAAACCAACGCGUGACAUCAAGAGUCGGGUUAUGGCAGCUUCUUCUGCGGGAGUAACAGAGGAUGAAGGACGCCUAUUAUUGGCAUUUAUUGAUUUUUUAGAAAAAUGCUUGGCUCUCAGUCCAGAUAAGCGAAUGACACCCAAGGAGGCUCUCGUCCAUCCUUUUAUUACCGGCAAGGUUUAAAAAAAGUCAAGACAAGACAAGAAAACUUUGAUAAAAAUAUUCCUUGUGUCUUCUUUGUUUAAAAGGGGAGGCAGAGCAAUCUAUGUACAGGGCCGUGGGCUGCAUGCAGAACUGUAAGAAACAAACAACCAAAUUAAAUCUGUCCUCAUUGAGGGACGUCUUAUAUUC